UUGACUUCACUAACAUUGCUUCGCCCGGAAGCUUUCAGCUACGGUGUGCUCGCGGCUGAUCGCCUACCUGGUCUUCUUCUGUACGGGCCUCCAGGUACCGGUAAGACUCUGCUCGCUAAAGCUGUUGCUAAGGAGUCAUCUGCCACUGUGCUUGAGGUCAGCGGUGCACAAGUCUAUGAAAAAUAUGUUGGCGAGGGCGAGAAGAUGGUCAACGCAGUCUUUUCGCUCGCCAAGAAGUUAUCACCUUGUGUAGUCUUCAUUGACGAGGCUGAUGCUCUCUUCGGCUCUCGUGGUGGUGCCAACAAUCGCACCACACACCGCGAAAUUAUUAACCAAUUCCUUCGUGGAUGGGAUGGCAUGGAUGACCAUAGCGUAUUCAUGAUGGUAGCCACCAACCGCCCCUUCGAUCUAGAUGAUGCUGUACUGCGUCGCCUGCCUCGUCGCUUGUUGGUUGACCUUCCCCUCGCCAAAGAUCGUGAAGGUAUUCUCAACAUCCACUUGAAGGGUGAGACCCUUGACCCAGCUGUCUCACUAUCCGACCUGGCCAAGAACACACCUCUCUACUCUGGUUCAGAUCUUAAGAACUUGUGUGUGGCUGCCGCGCUUGCCGCGGUGCGCGAUGAGAACAACGCUCUGGAAGCUGCUCGCGCCAAGGGUGACACAGAGUUCAAGUUACCAGAACGUCGUACGCUCGCACCUUCACACUUUGAGAAGGCUCUACAGGAGAUCUCAGCGUCGGUAUCUGAGGAUAUGGCAACGCUAAGUGCCAUUCGCAAGUUCGACGAACAAUACGGCGAGAAAAGAGCUCGCACGAAGAAGCCUGGCUAUGGCUUUGGUCUGGGCUCCAGUAACGCCAUCGACGAAACUGGUGCUAGAGUCAGACCU